UGGCGAUCUACCUUUUGCGGAAACAGAAACAAGACAAUCACUGCUCACGGCGUCAAGAACUCCACAAACACAGUAAUGGGAGUUGAUACCGUCGCUCUAUCUUUUGUGCUCAACUUCGUCUCCAAGCUCCCUCGAAACGUGCGCGAAGCGAUCGUUCCCGACAUGUUGAUCCCUAAAAUCGUCAACAACCCGACAAAGGUCCAGCUCGAACGUCUCGAACACGUCUACUUCGAGCUCGCAGACUUGAAACAAUUCGAAGAAUUCGCCCACGACUUUGGCUUUGCUGUGGCAGCGAAAGCAGACGGGAAGAUCUACUUCCGCGGCUACGGCAAGGAUCCAUAUAUCUAUGUUGCUUCACAAGCUGCAUCGGGAAAGCCAGCAUUCAGAGGACCAGCAUUCGUCGCUCAGAAUCGAGAAGAGUUUGAGAAAGCAAAAGCAUUGCCUGGAGCUGAGCACAAGAUCUUGGGCAAUGCCCCCGGCGGCGGUGAAAUCGUCACAUUCGCCCGCGCAGACGAUACAUUUUUCCACGUUAUGUUCGGACAACAAGAGCGUGCCAUCGAUGCAUCACAAGGAGUUCCUAGUGCGACUCAUGUAGAGCUGGGACCUGCAAACACACCGUUCGAGAAACCACGCAAAGGGACAUUCCAACGCUUCAACGAUGGUCCUGCUCUCAUUCACAAGAUAGGUCACUUCGGCUACGUGCACCGCGACUUUGACUCAGAACUGAAAUGGUACACGGAUAAUUUCAAUUUCGUCCCUUCGGAUAUCCUACACCACUGGAACUUCUCAAACAUCGAUGUGAUGACAUUUAUGCACUUGGACUUGGGCAAGCAGUACUCCGAUCACCACGUCUUCUUCAUGCAAAGAGCUCCCCCAGAGACAAAGAAGACAUAUCUCCACCAUUCGUCGUACGAAGUGGAGGAUUUUGACACGCAGUCGAUUGGACAUCAGUGGUUGGCUAAGAAGGGAUGGAAGAGUGUGUGGGGUGUUGGAAGGCAUGUGCUCGGGAGCCAGACUUUUGAUUAUUGGCAGGAUCCGAGUGGGUUCAAGAUUGAGCACUAUGCUGAUGGAGAUUUGCUCAAUGAAAAUACGCCUACAAGGCGUGAGUUCAUUGGGCCUCUCUCGAUUUGGGGACCAGAGCUGCCUACGGAUUUUGGAGAUGAUGGGACUUUGUUAUUGAUUUGA